AUGUCUCGCUUCUCCCUCCAAGGCCGAACAGCACUGGUAACCGGCGGAGCCCGCGGCUGCGGCCUGGCCUUCGCGCGCGGUCUGGCCGAAGCCGGCGCGAACGUCGCCAUCUUCGACAUGAUUCCCCCGGACCCAGCUUUCGAGGCAAUCGCGAGUGAGUGCGGCGUGCGGACUGCCUACUACAAAGUGGACGUCUCCUCCGAACCCUCCCUCGACGCCGGCUUCGCAGCCUUCCAAACCGACUUCGACAACGCGCUGGACAUCUGCGUGCCCUGCGCAGGCAUCAACCGCCACCAGCCCUUCCUCGACUUCACCUACGCAGACCACGCCGCCCUGCUCGGCGUCAACGUGUUGGGCGUGUACAUGACGGCCCAACGCGCGGCCAGACAGAUGAUCGCCAAUAAGACGAGCAAGGGGAGUAUUGUGCUGGUGGCCAGCAUGGCCAGCCACAUCGCCGUGCGGUCGCAGCUGUGCAGCGCGUAUUGUGGUUCCAAGGGGGCGGUGAGGGCGAUGUGUCCGGCGAUUGCAAAGGAGUUGGCGGAAUAUGGUAUCCGUGUCAACUCGAUCUCCCCGGGCUAUGUGCGCACGGAAAUGACGGCUGCUUUCCCCCACCUGGUCGAAGAGUGGAAGGGCGAUGCGAUGAAUGGGCGGAUAGCCGAGCCGGAGGAUAUCAUGGGGGCGUGCGUGUUUCUGGCCAGUGAUGCGAGUGGAUGCAAUCUCCUCCGCUAUGGCACCCCGACUCUCAUCCUCGACGACCGUCCCGACCAGACCUCCACCGGCAAAGCAGAUGGUCUGCAGCCCAAGACCAUCGAAACGCUGAAACAGCUCCGCCUGGCUGACCCGCUGCUACGCCACGGGGCCAAAGUCUACGACAUCGCCUUCUGGGACUCCACCCCCGAACACCCCCUCCGUCGCACCGGCCGCAAGAUUCACUACCCGGACCACCUCGUCGGCGCCCCAGACCCCUACAUCCUCCUCGCGCACCAGGGCAUGCUCGAGGAGGUGUUCAUCCAAGACAUCCAAAGUCGCGGGGGGUCUGUGUCGCGCAACAGCGAGUUCGUGUCGGUGGAGAGGGAGGCAGCGGGCGAUUUGCGAGUGAUAUACAAGGACGUGAAAACAGGCGCUGAGCGCAUCGUGUACACCAAGUAUCUGGUGGGGUGCGAUGGGGCGCGGUCGAAGGUCCGGGAUUUUAUUCCGGAUGCGCAGUUGGAGGGGGAGAGGACGAAUGCGAGUUGGGGUGUUCUGGAUGGGGAAAUUGAAACCACCUUCCCCGACCUGUGGAGCAAAGUCGCCGUCCGCUCCCACACGGCCGGAUCGAUCCUCUGGAUCCCCCGGGAACGCAACAUGACGCGGUUAUACGUCGAGUUGAGCGCGACCCACGGGGAACGAGUCCCAAAGUCGAUGGCGACCCCGGAGUACGUGAUGGCUCGGGCGCGUGCGGCGAUGGCGCCGUUUCCGCUCGAGUGGAAGAGCAUCGAAUGGUUUGGCAACUACAUCGUCAACCAGCGGGUGGCGCGCAAUUUCUCCGAUCCCGACCACCGGAUCUUCAUUGCCGGGGAUGCCGGCCAUGUGCACUCUGCUCUCGCGGCGCAGGGGGCUAACACCAGCAUGCAUGACUCCCUGAAUCUCGCAUGGAAGAUCAAUCUGCACGCGCGCGGUCUCGCCACGAAUUGCCUCCUAUCGAGCUACUCCCGCGAACGCCGCAAGAUCGCCAACGACCUCAUCGCCUUCGACGCCAGCCACGUAGCUGCCUUCGCUCAAGGCGAAGCCGCUCUCGCCCGCAACUUUGACGAGCAUAUCCGCUUUAUCGCCGGGUUUGGUGCGGAGUACCCGCCAGACAGCGUACUCACCCAUCCCUGGGAACGCACGGAAAAGCAGCACAACGGACACACCCACGAAGCCACCAAGCUGACAGGCAGCAUUCACCCCGGCGCCUGCCUCCCCUCCAGUCUCGUGACACGAUACAUCGAUGCGAACCCUGUCUCUGUCCAACUGGACAUUCCCCUCCUCGGCCAAUUCCGGCUGUAUCUUCUCGUCCCGGACGUGCAACACAACGACUUCCUCGCCGCAUUCUGUGCCGCCAUCCUGCGCGAGAGGAGUGUAGUGGGCAGAAUGACCUCGCAAGCGGGGGAGAGCUAUGCUCAGAACGAACGGAAGCAAGCUCCCGACGAUAUCUAUCUGAGCCAUGGACGAUAUACAUCCGUCUCGCAGGUGGUGACGUUUGCUUUGCUAACGACCGCACCGCGGCAGAGCUUCGAGAUUGAAGAUUUGCCGGAUAUUUUGCAAAAGAGUCGGUGGACGGUCUACCUUGAUGAGGCGGGCGGGGAGAAGGGGGGCUGCACGCGGAGGUGGCUAGGCAGUGCCGAUGCGGGGGAGUCAGCGGUGGUGAUUGUGAGGCCGGAUGGGUAUGUGGGGGCUGUGUUAGGGGGCCCUGGCUGUGAUGGAGAGCAGGCUGCGAGGGAGGUGGAUGAGUAUUUUUGUAAUGGCUGCUGGUGGUUUUGA